AUGGGGUACAUGCUAGCCUUUGGAGUGUGUGGUAUGGUACUGGGGGCGCUCGUGUUGACGCUGGACGACCUCGCAAACAACUGCGGGAAAACAGCAAUCGACGUCAGGCCUGUUCUAAUCGCUCGCGGCGUCGGAGCGGUCCUGGGCACGGCGGCAUCCUCCAAGCUGUACCUCUGGGUACCGAGCAACAAGAUGAUGUCCGUCUUCCUUCUCCUCGUGAUGGUGGUCUUGGUAUACAUGCCGUUCAUCACUUCGGUGUACCCCCUCUACGUUGCCUUCCUUCUCCUCGGCCUGUUCACGGCCAUCACAGACACGGGCUGCCAGAUCAUGACCAGAAAGCUACACGGAGCGGAGGCCGGACCCUGGAUGGGAGCCAACGCGCUCGCUUUCGGCCUCUCAGGUGUGAUUGUGCCGCUCAUAGGAUACCUGACCGGGUCGCUGUUCGUCGUGUACGUCACCCUGUCGGUGGUGAGCUGCGUGACGGCGGUGUUCUUGACCAUCCUGCCGACCCCGGGGAGAAACAAUAGGCUCCACGAGGGGGAGCGGCAGCCGAUACCGGCGCAACGAGCGGGGGAUGGAGGCGGUUCACGGGAGGAAAGCCAGGCCAGCGCCUGCAAGCUAACCACGUUCUUCUUGAAGUACAAGAUCGAGUUCCACAUCAGCGGCAUGUUGUUCUGGCUUUUCUCUGGAGAGGUGGGUGCCGCCGGGUACCUGAAGAGGUACGUUGACGAGACCGAGGUCAUCGGUGAAUCGCACGCGGAGCUUCUUGUUGUUGUCCUGUGGAUGGCCAUCAUCAUCGGCCGUCUCGCGGGCAUACAGGACCAGCGACAUCUCACCCUCUCGCGCCUGUACCGACACUCUACGAUCCUCUUCCUCGGCGGGACGACGGCGGCGACGGCAAUCCUAGUGUUCCAGAACUCGGCGUUCGUGCUUUGGACGGGGAUCGCGGCAUACGGGCUCUGCGACGGGCCAACCGUAGGCUAUUGCUACGAUCUCAACAACCGCAUGGCGACUCCCUCCGAGAUGGGGACGUCGGUGGCCAUGUUAGGGCAAAACUUCGGGGCGAGCAUCGCGCCGUACGUUAUUUCGUGGGUGUGGGACUACACCGACUGGCCGCAGAUUUUGAUCCUCGUCAUAUUGCUGUCUCAUUUACUCCCGUACCCAUUCAUGCUCAAUGCCAAGCGCAUAGACGAGGCCAACAAGCGAAGGCUGCGGCAGGAGACCAUUUCUUCGGGUCCCUACGAGACUCGCUUAGCCCCAUCUUUCUUCCUCUGA